GCGCGAUUGUCGCCGCCGCCGCCGCCAGCCUGGAGCUCCGGGAGGUGCCGCGGCCGCCUGGCCGGCCCUUCGCGAGGACAAAGGCGCCGCGCGGCGCGGGAUGCGAGCGGCCGGGGAGCCCCUGCGGAGGCGUAGUAAAAAUCUGAGGCUCUGAGUGAGCUCAUGUGAACCCGCCGUAUGCUAAAUGUGUCUACGAACAUCGGUAUUGUGUGACUGGCACCAGCUCUCCAGGGUCUCAGAAUAAGCCGCAAUCUGGCAGAGAUGUGUGAAGAAAGAGGGAAAGCCUGAAUCUAUAUCUUUUGGACACCGCAAUUUACAUACCUGAUAUUUUAAAAGCCCUGUGCCUGCAUUACCUGCACUGAAGAACUUCAGUUUCAUUGGAGCAGAAAGGAGGGGCAGCGUGGUGGUUUGCUGUGACGAGGAAAUCCAUCGACAGCAGCCCCAGAAUCUGGAAAAGCAGUGAAAAGCGAAACGGGCUGGCAAGGUGGCAAAGGAAUUCCAGCAACCUGCUGAAACGAAGAGGCUUGAGCAUCUGUUACCUGGAACAAAGUCCUUUACACAAGCGCUCUAGAUCCGCUGGGGUGACAAAAGGAAAAUUGUGGCUGUUAGCUUUGAUUAAACCUUCAGAGGGAGAAAUUAGCAGCUGUUCAACAAGUCGGACUCCAGAGAUUUGGGGCCCAUUGGGCGAAGGUGGAGAAGAAAGAGACGAGCCAUAUUUGCCUCUUAAAUCGGUCAAGGAUACGAUGAAAGCGUUUUUAUUUCCUUUGAACAAUGAAAUUAAGCUGAGACUAUUGAGGAACUAAAAAAAAAACCCUUGCUGUUUCCUGUUUUUCUUACCUCAAUCUUCCCUGUUUUGCACCGGCCAAGGAAGUCAAAAGGCAAAAUGCUUGCCGUCAGGAAGAGGAGCCUGAAAAUGUUUACGCUGGCCUUGCUGUUUGUCAUCACCAUCACAUCGUUCUUGCUAAAUUACACACACAACGCUGUGAUGGUCACCUGGGACCCCAAGCAGAUUAUCGAGCAGUUUCGAAAACUGAUGAAAUAUCCCCGGAGACCAUGCGGCUGUAGCACCUGUAUCUCCGAGCAGGGGGUUUCGCUCUGGUUCGAUGAGAGGUUUAACCAAACUAUGCAACCUUUCUUGACCGCACAGAAUGCCUUCAUGCCUCCAGAGAGCUACAGGUGGUGGCUGAAACUGCAAGGCGAAAGAAGCCCUAAGCAUAUUAACGAGUCCAUCCAGGAACUGUUUGAGAUCAUCCCUGGAGAUCGGGAGCAGGUUCUGGAGAGAAGUGGGUCGCGGUGCAGGAGGUGCGCUGUGGUGGGGAAUUCGGGAAACCUGAAACAGUCUCAGUACGGCGAAGAGAUCGACGCCCAUGACUUUGUGUUCAGAAUGAACAAAGCCCCAACAGCUGGCUUUGAAGUCGAUGUCGGCAGCAAAACCACCCACCACUUUAUCUACCCGGAGAGCUACAAAGAGUUGGCAGAGGAUGUCAACAUGAUCCUCAUACCGUUCAAAACCUUGGACCUGCGCUGGGUCGUCAGCGCUCUCACCACGGGGACCAUCAACCACACAUACAUUCCAGUUCCACGGAAAAUUAAAGUCAACAAAGACAAGAUCCUGGUUUAUCACCCCAUCUUUAUAAAAUAUGUGUAUGACAACUGGCUGCAGCAUCAUGGAAGAUACCCUUCGACCGGCUUCCUCUCGGUUAUUUUUGCCCUCCACAUUUGCGACGAGGUGGAUCUAUAUGGCUUUGGAGCAGAUAGCAAAGGGAACUGGCACCAUUACUGGGAGAACAACCCUUCAGCUGGGGCUUUCCGACAGACGGGCGUCCACGAUGGAGAUUUUGAAUCUAAUGUUACAUUGACUCUUGCCUCAGUUGACAAAAUACGUAUCUUCAAGGGCAGAUGACCCCUGACCCAUUGAGUGCUGUGAGUUCCAUUCACAGGGAUCAUCGAUAUAUUUGUAAAAAUAACAGGGCUCAUGGAGCAGAAUUAAUCUAAAGCUUCAGCCAAUGGAGCCAUGAACCACCACUGGGUUGGAAUUACCAAGCAGCGUUGACUGGUUCCGUGUACCAGUCCUGAUUUGUUACAAUGAACACGGGAGGAUCUCUCUAAAUCGGUGAUGGGAAAGGAACCACUUCUUCUUCAUGGUUACUCAGUGUAAGGGAGUCUUCGCGCAGUAUUUCAAUCCAGAAAUUUCAUCUCGUGCAAGUUGAAGGAAAAGAACGGCCAUGUUUCUUUGUGAGGUUGACCAGAACCACAAUCUUGAGGGUUCUGUGGGAAAAACAGAUGACAGAAGAGAUGCCAAAACAGCUUGCAGUUGUCCAUCCCGACAACAGUGGAUGUAAUUACCCUCUCAGUUCAAGAAUACCUCAAAGGAGCUUGGAUCGCUCUAGAUCUUUUUCUCAGAAACAUCCUCUUGCUUGGUCUCAGCUCCCAUUCUGUACUGUCAGUGCCGGCGCAUUUGUGUUUGCAUUUGCUGGCAUCCAGAAAAUUUAAAUGAACCCCUUCCAUGUCCAGUUAUUAAUUCUUUUAUAAAUAUAUAUGUUUCUUCACAGCCAUAAGGAAGCAAAGGAAGCUGUAAAUUAAAAUCCAUGAAGAUGGAACCGACUAGCCACUACUGUUUACUUUUCAAAAUAUGAUUCUGAUGGCUGAUCUUUUCUGAACUGUUCUGUAAAGCAGAGAAAAGGACUGGAAUUUAUUUUUUUUCUAUAUCUGACAUGUGCCUUUCUAAAAUGUGCAGAAUGGAAGGGGAAGCUGUUGUUUCUCUCAAAGACUGAAAUCUCUCAGUCACACUUUUUUAUAUGAAAACAACUGACCAAAGUUCAAGCCCACUCAUGGUAUCGUUUUAUAUCAAUAGCCUCUACUUGAAAAGUUCAAGAACAAUAGUUUCUUUUCCCUUGGAGAGGUAAACAUUUUGCCUUAUUUUAAAGAGCAGGAAAAAAAAGAUUCACAAGAUUUAUGCUUAAAGGUUUUACAGCUGUGGUAAACGAUUCCAUGUGAAAAAUAACUGAAGAAAAGGCCUCACUUUGAGGAAGAGAAGUGCUUGAGGGGUGGCAUAUGAACAGGCAGCUCUUGAAUUUCUGAUUUAAAAACGAGGCCCAUUACUGAGUGAGAAAAAAGCUUAAUAUAAUAAUCCAGUAGGAAUACUAGUGGUUCAGUGGUAUUAUAAAAGAAUGGCUGGUAUUUAGCCAAAGAAACAGAAGCAACUAUCAAUUGUCUGUCUAAGGAAGCACUAUAGUUGCGAUAGGACAGGGUCUUUAAAAUGGCGUCUGUGGUUACCAUGGUACCUGCCAACACCACACCUGGUAUCAACCAAGUAUUUUUAAAAAGAGGGUGGGCUCAGGUGGGGUUUUUGCCCAGCAGGGUUUCUGAUUGGCCACUGAUGAUCUGAUUGGCUGUGCAGAUUUUUAAAAAGUAGCUUCAGCAACAGCUGCCACUACAGCACAAGAAUCUUCACUGCGUGAUUGAAGGUAAACUGUGUGUAUGCAAGAAAAUAUUGUAAAAUAAUAUGUUUGUUUUUAAAAGCCUCCUCUUAAGCAGAGCUUCCGCCUGGAAAGUUAAAGAAUUACUGUUAGAGUUAUGCGCGUUCUCACUUCCUGAUAUUCUGUGGUUGGCUCCUCCUCUUAUGGCUGCCAUUUUGUGGUUGGUUCCACCUCCUGUGGCAGCCAUUUUAUAGUUGCACCCACCACCCUGUGUCAGAAUUCCAAAAGUGCCCACAGGCUUUAAAAGGUUGGGGAUCCCUGCAGUUCAUACAGCUAGUGUGGUAAUAGUCCAGAGCACUCGAAAUAAUCUUGUGGAUAAAUAGAAAAAGGAAGGCAGGACCAUAGGAAUCCCUCACAGCAGCACAAACAAGAUGACUGCACAAUGGCUUCAAGGAAAUGGAACCACAUUCAAAUUACCUCACGUCCUUAGACAUGGGGACAUGUAUUUGUGUUCUGAGGCAACAAGGUACCUAAGUAUUUCCGCACAUGUAUCUUCCAAAGGUUAAGAUGUCUGAGCCACCUAUUUUUGGAAAGGAGGAGGUAUUUUUUUUUCAAAAUAAUAAUAUUGGAAAAGGAGUUAGAGAGCUUCCUCAAGGGUUUGUGCUCCAUUAUGCCAUGUAGUCCUAUCUUCAGAUGUUUUGAAACCCAGGCGGUGGGGGAAAUUUUUUUCUGUGCUGAGUCUGUUUUGAUUUUGUGGUAAGGUUGCCAACUUUAUUCCUAACGUCUCCUCUUGUGCCUUUGACAAAAAAAAUAAUCUGCCAACAUUAACAGGUGACCCAUGUUUCUCUCCGUGCUGUGAAAAUCUUCACCUGCUGAUUUCAGUGAAUUAUACUGCUGCUAAAAGCGCAAGAGCAGACUAGGUCCGCUUUUCUCCUGGUAUGCUGGCAACCCUGUUCUGUGGACUGCUUUCCCAAAAUACUGCCCGAUAGCAAAAGCAUCCCAAUAAAUAAAGCUGAUGUGGAGGAAUAGUAA